AUGUCAGAGACGCCAUCAAAGAACCCAAAGAAGGGCAAAGCGAAGGCACAGGAGCAAGACGAGGACAAGCGUCACCAAGAGAGAGAAGCCGGAGCGCGUGGAGAUGACGACCAAGAGGCUGAAGAGGGUCAAGAGGAUAGCGAGCAAGACGAUAAGAAUGAGGGUGAAAGCGAAUUAACCUUCGAGGACUUCGACGAUCUCACGCCGUGGCAAGAGUGUCUCGUGAAAGGACGCUUGGCCAAGGAGACCUAUGCUGUCAUUGUCGACCGCAUCAAGAAUGAUCCUCGGCUUCUCAAGAGUUGGGCCGAUGAGCCCGACAAAGCCGCGCCUACAACGAGCGUCCUCCAGGGACGGUGGCGGACACUGCGCAAGUUGGCAAAAAGCGGGACACUCCUCGGGCAAGCGAGACGCAAAAGCAAGCCACGCGAUCCUGCUUCGAACUACACGGUCGAGGACUUCAAUGGCAUCGCGAUGGAAGACUGGGAGAGGUAUGUCGUGGAUCAAUCCCUCCAAAACGCAAAACAACAAGCCAUCGCCGACGCCAUCAAUACCGAUCCAGAACUUCUGAGGAGCUACCUCCAAUCGCAACGGAGCAAAGGGGCGCAGAUCAGCGUAUGGACAGUGGGUCGGGCCUGGAUCUCAAUGAAGGACGAGGCGAAAGCACGCAAGUGGGCCGCAGCCAAACACCGUGACCUCACAGCCGGCAUCCUCAACUCAGAUGCGUAUCAAGCAGUGUCGAAGUUCUCAAGUCGCGACGCCAAUGAAGUCCUGCCCCGCGAUUCGACGACGACGAUACCUCUCGCGACGCAAGAGGAGCGGGAAACCCAACGCCAACUCACUUCUCAGCGGUACCUGAAACCGGCCAAGACAUUGACUGACGAAGCCAUCAUCAACAGUGGUGCACGCUUCUUCGACUCUCUGCCGACCUGGCAAAAAUUGUUGUUGAAGCAACGUCGCGAGAAAACGACUAAGCAAACCGCCGAACUGCUGAACUCAAACGCCGAUUUCAAGGCGAGCUAUCAAGCCACUCGCACUAAGCACAUGAAGGAUAUCGACAAGACCCCUCUGAGCGAGGACAACAUUGCUACCUACCUCAAGAAUAUCAAGCGCAAGGCCAAGGAAGUGGGAAUAGGAGAAGACGUCCCACCCAAACGCGCAAAGCUCUCAAGGCCCGGCGACUCUGCGCCUACCGAUCCUACGCCCACCUACCCUACGCCUACCGACCAUGCAUACGCCUUCCAGCAAAUGUGUGAACGCGCCGCCCAAGUUCAAGGCGACCUCGGCCACAACGCGAAUGCGUACCACCUCCUGCCCACAGCAAUGCUGGCGCACCUCGCAGAGCAGCGAAAUCUUGCGGUCGCCUCGAACUCUCCCCGUGCGGCGCUCAUCCGUAGCCUCUACUUACAGGAUGCCAUUCAGGGUGGAGUCUUGCCUGAAGGUCCGCAGGUCUUGGAUCCCCUCUACAUAGAUACCAGCAUCGACGUGCAACUCCUCGCUCGCCGCAACUCGUUAUGGCUCCGGUCGAGAGGUCUGCAAGGAGAGCAACAGGGGCCCGUCCGAGCCGCAGACACCGUUCACAAUGUGACUCGCCGUCUCAGCGUGGCACUCGGGCGGUUCACAGGAGUUCCUCUAGCCCAGGCCCGAGCAAAGCUUCCCGACCGACCACAGACUCAUAUCAGCAGAUUCGAUUUGGUUCAAUACAUUGAUGCGCUGGAGGGCUUCGAAUGGACUGCUUCGGAGCGAUUCGGCAGCACUUUGUGGCACCAACUUAAGACCGAUGAGCUCCGAGUUGCUGCUCGUGAUCGUGGAGCAGACCCAGACGUUGUACGUUCGGACGAGUCAACGAUUCGCGCUUGGCUCAUCGAAAACCACAAAUCUGCAAGAAGCGCGGCAGAGUUAUCCAUUGAUGAUGCCGAAGCAAUCGUCUCGGAAAUCAUGCCCGAUUUCCUACGAAGCAUUCACCCCUUCUUUCGACAGGUUGUUGGACCGGCAGUACCACACGCGCUUGCCCAAACCCACAACGGGCAUUUCGUAGCAAGCAGGUCUGUACUCGACCGGAUUGAGCACGACAUCGAGGACGGAAUCGUUCUCAACCACACCAGCAAUACUGGUCUUUUGUGUGGUGUUCGUGCCUUGAUGGAGGCUCUUCAGAAUGCUCGGUGGCGCCGCGCCCAAGCCCUCUACCGUUCCUGGGACAGCACCGAUGAAUCACUACGUGGUGAAGAGCCGGACAUACCAACUCCCUUGAACUACCACAACCUCAUGCACGCCAUGUUUGCAGACCACGACGAAGAACGCGCAGAUGAUUCGACUCACGAGGCCGUCCCCAAUACUAUGGGUAGAUUGACUGACGAGUUCCGAAAUUUCUUGGUCCGCCGAUUGGUAGACUCUGGCUUUGUUCCAGGUUCCAGAGCGUUCGACGAGGAGUUGGGCCAAUUGAGCACACGGAACAAUUUCAACGCGACACACCUUCAGCUGAUGGUCGACUUCAUGCUUGAACGCAGAGAUCUGGAAGAGUACGUUGCCAUUGGUCUAGUGGUCGGUGGCACCACCCCUGAGUCGCCUCGAGCACAGGCCCACAUCCUUGGACCUGUGAACGACGAUACCCCUGUCGCAUGGAUUCACCACGAUGGAGUACAGGGUGGUGAUGAUGCUCCAAUGUUGGGCCACUACUCGUCGAUCACUCAAGAUGGCGAGCGAGGUGCAUUUAUGAUCUAUUGGGGCUUCAACUUGCCGGAUCAGCAGAACCUCUCUCGUCGAUCUAACGCCCCUCAAGCUGAGACUGAAGAAGACAAGGCGAAGGGUAGAGAACGAUACCAGCGUCAGAUUGUUCGCUGCCAUGCUUCGGCGUGCAAGGGAUGUCGAGAGACGAAGAUGGUCACUAAGAUGGUCGCAUGCAACGGCAAGCACAACCAACGUGCAUGCACUCGUUGCAAGAGCCUGAAGCAAACUUGUGUCUUCGAAAGCUUCGAGGAGUCAGACUGGGUCAAGAUUGACCAACUCGGCAUGAUGAGCUUGAAAGACGUCCCGGAGGAGGCUUUUCAGCGAUGGGAUGCCCCAUUGCCCCUGAAGAAUUCGAACGCGUGCUGA